UUUGCUUCUUGGUUAAGGACCCAGCACAAGUACUUCGUCUGUGAACCGCGAUUAGGAAGUCGGCAUCGAAUUCUCCUCCUCAGUUGAUCUUUCCAGACUCGCUUCCGGUUUCCGACUCCCAGCAUCAACAAAACGAUCCAACCGGAGCCCAAAAAUCUGCGGAGAAGAGCCGGCGAUCGCCAUGUGGUUGGAGAUCAUCUGCGGCCUGGUCGUCUUCACGCUUCUCUGGAUACUCUUCUACGGCGACGACGCCGUACCGGACGUCGAAAGCUCCGAUUCCAACGCGUGCUUCGCCGUCGCCGCCAGGUUGGAGAAGCUCUAUGGUGGGAAGGCAUUCGUGGGGCUUCGAAUCCCCGAUCCUGACGCCGGCUUCCGGCAGCACAUUGACGUAGUUCUUGUCACCAAAAGGGAAGUGAUGGUGGUGGCGGUGAGGAACUUUUCUGGGUUUGUGGAGGUUGGGAAGGAUGGGAGCUGGGUUUGUAUUGGCGACAAGAAACAUAAGGCGGAAACCUAUCCGGAUCCUGUGCUUGAAGUUGGCAGACAAGCUGAAAUUCUUCAAUCAUACUUGGAGCAAAGAGGGGUACCUUUGCUCAAGGGCCACAUGAUUGGCAAAGUUGUACUCCCAAAUCCAAAUUGCAGGCCUGCCUAUUCUAUUGCUGUUCAACCAGAGAUCAUUUCUUUUGACAAAUGGAGAGAGCUCAAGCCGGAAUCAAAAGGUGGAGUGUCUAGUUGGAUUAAAGAUGCAAUUCAUGGAAGCAAGACUGAGAUGCAGGAUGACCAUCAGAAGCUUAUUUUUAUUCUUGGUUCAUCGCCAAUGUGGGACCGCUUAGAACUCAGAGGCGAUAGAAACAUUCUUGGUGAGUUCAUUGAAUUCAAAGGAAACCAUGAUGACAUGCUAGCUUUGAGCAAUUUGAAGAGAUCGAAAGUUAGCCAAUUCAUCAUCCAAAAGCCAACUAUGUUAGGUUUUGGUAGAUCAAGGCUCCAGCUCUUGUAUUCACCCCGUGAUUUUCGGAGUGAAGGGGCUUCAGCUUCAGAAUGGAAGGAGGUCGCUGUGAAGCCAAAUACUGAGUUUUUGUUUCAGCCACUGAACUCCAAAAAACCUCGGAAGUUCAAGCUUUCAAGUGCUGUCUCAUUGACACUCAGUGCCUAGUACCGUCAAAGUUUUGGGAGUUAAAAAAAACAUGCUAGUUUGGACAACCCCCAUGAACUUAAAUUUCCCGGCUUCUCUUGUUUCUGUAUAUGCAUAUCCCCAAAAACUGUGUAAUGCUUCAUUUUCCAUGCUCCAGAAUGUCAAGCAAUCAUACCAUCUGAAAACAUAACUAGCCUGGAUUCCAACGGAUCAUUGGAUCAGGCAAACUUUCCAUGUAAGAAAAGACCAAAAUUUGCAUAAUUUUGUCUCUCCUGCAAA